GGCAAAAAGCACUUGUACGCGGCCAGUGAUGCACCAGUAGGCCUGCCGUGGUCUGUGCACAGCCAGAGCUUGCAAACUUUUCGUUGCUUGGGGCCGUACGGCUGCUCGGCAAGCACUGACUUGUAAACCAGCCGGAGAGCGUGCAGCACGCGAUCCAGGAAUUGCCCGUGAUCACAAGCAGCCGGCAGCAUGAUGCAGCACUGCGUACGACUGCUCAUCACAGUAAGGAUACUUGCCACGGCUCUCGUCGCACCGCGCCGCCACGCGCGCCAGCCGACGCGCCGACGAGCAAAUGACGAGCAGUCACUAGACGUGGACCUCGGCAAUCUUCGCCUGCACGUCUACGGCGGCCGCUUCGGCGCGCAGUGGGACGUAAAGUUUAAGCGAGAGGCCGCGCGCCGGGUCGCGGACGACGCUCUGACGGUCAAGGACUCGCCGGGGAAGGGCCGCGGCGUCUUUGCAGCUCAAGGAAUCGCCGAAGGUACUUUCCUGGGUUCCUACGACGGCGAGGUCCUCGACGGCGCGCAGUUCGCGCGGCGGUACGGCGACCGCGACGUGCCCGAAUACGUCGUGCGUAUUGAUGGAGACGCGUACAUCGACGGCAAAGUAGCGGCACAAGGCGACGCCUACACGCCGGCGCUGUUCAACGACGGCGGUGCCCGAUCAAACGUCGUGCGGUACUGCGCGACGCGGCGGCCGCCGCGCGUCGACUUCUUCGCGGGCCGCGAUAUUCGGCCCGGCGAGGAGCUGCUCUUCGACUACGGGAGCCAGUACUGGGCCGGCCGCGAGAGUGACAUAGACGCGGCGCUGGACGCGCAGAUUUUUGAUCCCGAGGAAAUCGAGAGCUUCCGCGAGGACCCCGAGAACUUCAAGGCGGUGUACGCCGCGUCCGUCGUCGCUCUAGGAGUGGUGAUAGGCCAGGCCGUCGUACGGUGGUACAAGUACAACGUCUGGCUGCCCCAGCCCGACUCUCUCGAGAAGACGCUCGACCUAAUUCCAUGAUUUAAUUGUUACGCGGAGGCCUUCUCCGGCGCGAGCACGGCCAGCAGCGAC